AAAAUCACAGAAAAAAUAAAAAUGUACAUAUGGUUUAAAAUUGCAGUUAUAUUGACAUGCUAAAUUAUAAAACAUGUCAUUUGAAUCAUCAGGUUCCUCUUUCACAUUUAUACAAAACUUGUAAGUCCUUGCGAUUCCAAUCAUUUUAAGUUGUGUUACAAAAUUACAUACUUGUCUUUACUUAUGUGCUAAUAAAGUUUAAAAGUAUUCUUAAGUGUGCUUCUUCUAGGCUUGCAGUCUAUGAAGAUCAAGGCAGCAACCUUCCAGUUACCAGCUCCAAGCUUGCAAAGCCCACAGCACACUGUCUAAUGUUUAAGAAAAUUUGUAAUCUACCUCUCAAAGCAUGUGCACAGUACAUGCAGUGUUCACCACCCCCCUUAUCAAUGACUUGUUUAAUCAUCUUUCAGUUCCUCUUAUUUUCCUAAAACAGCAGCACACAUAUACUGUACAGCAGAGAGGAUCUGUGUGAGCAGUCAUGGAAGGGAGUCUGUUUGUGCUGCUUCUGCUGUCAGGGCUCUUCUGGAGCAGUUCUGCUCUUUCUCGUCAGUACCACUAUAUAAAUGUAAGAAUGUCAUGGCCAGAGGCUCAGAGUUACUGCAGAGAGAAGUACACUGACCUGGCUACUGUAGACAACAUGGAUGAUGUGAACAGGCUGGUAAAUAUAGUGGAUGCUGGAUACAACGGAUCAGUGUGGAUUGGACUGAAGAGAGGGACACAGACACGCUGGGCUUGGUCUAAUGGAGAAGACAUGACUUCUCACUAUUUUAACUGGGAUUCUUCACAGACGCAUGGAAAUGGAGACUGCGUGUCUACUUAUUCUGGGGUUUGGCAUAUGGCGGCAUGUGACUCUCUACAAUAUUUUGUGUGCCAAAAUGAAAAUAAUGGAUACAUCAUGGUGCAGAGCAAUAAAACCUGGAGUGAUGCUCAAAGCUACUGCAGAGAGUAUUACACAGAUCUGCCCUCCAUCCACAACUCUGAGGAAAAUAACCAGAUAACUAAUGUUCUGUUAGCUGGACACCAUAUCUGGUUUGGUCUGUUCCUGGACUCUUGGGAAUGGUCUGACAAAUGGAGCCGCUUCUUUAGAAACUGGGCAGCAGGUCAACCAUCCCAGAAUUCAGGAUCUAACUGUGUCUGCAUGUCAACAACCGAUUAUGGGGAAUGGGCUCAUGAAAGCUGUGAUCUAAAGCGUCCUUUUAUUUGCUAUAGAGAGGAUGAGAUCAUUAGAAAACAGAUUAUCAGACUGAAAUUGUCCUAUAAUGAUAACUGCACACUGAAUGAUCCUUCACUACAGACUGCCAUCCUGAAUGAGAUAAGUGAAAAGCUGAAGAGCAUGGGGCUGGAAAGGGACAGCAAAAUAAGCUGGAGAAAAGGGGAAGGUGGAGAAGUGUUUCAUCAAGAGAGCAGUUUCAAAUAAUAAAAAAUACACCUCUAUAAAUAUAUCUAUAUAAAAUAUACAUCUAUAUGAUGAGUUGUUUACUUACUUUUUAAUUAGUUUUCCCAUUGUUAUCAUUGUCGUCAUUCGGGCCGAUUCGAGAAUGUGCACGAAAACAAGAGGUAGGAUUUAUCGCACAAACCAACCAUAACCGAUCAUAUCCAGUCAUAGCAUGAUGGAGGCAUUGCCUCCUCUCAUGUGACUUUCUCCCAUUCAUUCUUCAAACUAUAAAAACAUUAUUUUUGUAAUAUUGAUUAUUUUCUCAUCGAGUUUUUUGGAGACACUGCCUCUCUUGCCUCCUCAGAGGAAACGCC